CCCGGCGCCACCGCCUCCUUUCGGGGCGGGCCCUGGACCAGCCUGUAGGCGUUGGAGGGGGAGAAAGUAACAUGGUGGCCGUUUCCUCCCUAAACAGGAGCGACGGCGUGUCUGGCAGCCCCUGAGGAAGCGGCGGGCGCGGGCAAAAGCUCGGGGCGGGGAGCGCCCCCUCUACUGGCGCGUACGAGGGGCGGCUGUCGGCGUGCGGGCCGGCGGCAGGUACUGACGUAACCAUGAUAGAAGACAAAGGUCCACGGGUGGCUGACUACUUUGUAGUGGCAGGGCUCACUGAUACAGAUACGGCAACCCUGCUGGACCAAGAAAUAAGCCGACAUGAAACAAAGUCGUCUGGUCCAAAGGCUCCAAUUACUGACAUUGCUGUGAUAAUUAAAUCGGCUGGUGAAACUGUCCCAGAGGGAUACACCUGUGUUGAAGCCACUCCUACUGCCCUUCAAGCCAACUUAAACUAUGGAAGUCUAAAGAGUCCUGAACUUUUUCUUUGCUACAAGAGAGGGCGGGACAAACCACCUCUUACUGACAUCGGAGUUCUGUAUGAAGGGAAGGAACGCAUAAUUGCAGGCUGCGAAGUGAUCCAAGCUACUCCUUAUGGUCGUUGUGCUAAUGUGAACAACAGCUCAGCUUCUUCUCAGCGGAUCUUUAUCACGUAUCGAAGGGCUCCUGCAGUACGACCUCAGAAUUCAUUGGCAGUGACAGAUAUCUGUGUUAUUGUUACCAGCAAAGGAGAAACUCCUCCUCAUACAUUCUGUAAAGUUGAUAAGAAUUUAAACUGUGGUAUGUGGGGUUCCAGUGUAUACCUUUGUUACAAGAAGUCUGUGCCAGUUUCUAACUCUUUAGCGUAUAAAGCUGGCUUAAUUUUCAGAUAUCCUCAAGAGAACUAUGAAUCAUUCCCACUGUCGGAAUCUGUUCCUCUCUUCUGCCUUCCCAUGGGAGCCACUAUUGAGUGCUGGGACUCUCAAACCAAAUAUCCACUACCAGUGUUCUCAACAUUUGUACUGACCUGCUCUUCUGCAGAAAAGGUAUAUGGUGCUGCUAUUCAGUUUUAUGAGCCGUAUCCCCGGGAGCUGCUAACAGAAAAGCAGCAGUCGCAGCUGGGUCUCCUGACAACUGUAGAGAGGAAAGUGAUUACUUCCAAGUCCAUCAAUUCGAACAAAUGCAUCUGCCUUCUCUCACACUGGCCUUUCUUUGAAGCAUUUCGAAAAUUUCUUAUGUUCAUCUACAAACUGUCUGUCUCUGGACCUCAUCCUCUUCCCAUUGAAAAGCACAUAUCCCAUUUUAUGCACAAUAUACCUUUUCCUUCACCACAAAGGCCAAGAAUUCUUGUGCAGCUUUCUGCCCAUGAUGCAUUAAUAUUGUCACAGCCAGUUUCUACACCAUUGCCAUUAAGUGGAGCAAACUUUAGCACUCUGCUUAUGAAUCUUGGACCAGAGAACUGUGCCACUCUAUUACUCUUUGUAUUACUAGAAGGCAAGAUCCUGCUCCAUUCUCUUAGACCAGCUGUGUUGACAGGAGUUGCUGAAGCUGUAGUAGCUAUGAUAUUUCCAUUUCAGUGGCAAUGUCCAUAUAUCCCUCUCUGUCCUUUGUCUCUGGCCACCGUACUCAGCGCACCAGUUCCAUUUAUUGUUGGAGUUGAUUCACGAUACUUUGAUCUGUACGAUCCACCACAGGAUAUUGUUUGCGUUGACUUAGACACAAACAUGGUGUACAUAUCAGAUGAUAAGAAGGGCACCAACUGGAAGCAGUUUCCCAAAAAGCCAUGUAAAAGUCUGCUCAGCACCUUAAGGAAACUGCACCCACAGCUAGCAGCAGUUCACAGGAAAACUCAAGAAGGCUCUGCAGUGGAAAUGACUCCUAUAGAGGCAGAUUUCUCCUGGCAGAAGAAGAUGAUAGAACUCGAGAUGGAGAUCCAGGAGGCUUUUCUCCGUUUCAUGGCAUCUAUUUUAAAGGGUUACAGAACAUUCCUCAAGCCAAUCACGCAGGCACCUUCAAAUAAAGCAACUGCUGCUGAUUCCUUGUUUGAUCAUCAAGGGUUCUUAAAAAGCAGAGACCGUGCCUAUACCAAGUUCUACACGCAUCUCACCAAAACACAGAUAUUCAGCCGCUUUAUUGAAGAGUGCAGUUUUGUGAGUGACAAGGAUACUGGCUUGGCAUUUUUUGAUGACUGCAUAGAAAAGCUCUUUCCAGAUAAAGGAACAGAAAAAGGAGAGAAGGUUGAUGUAGAUUCUGUCGAAGAUGCACGGUUGAUUGAGCUUGAUGAGUCACUAAAAAGUGAACACACAGUGUUCAUAAUGCCACCAGAGCCCCCUGCUGAUGAUGGACAGGACCGAGUGCCAAAAUACAGCUAUAAGAACUUCCCACGACUAGAUUUCAAGCUCUUUGACAGGCCACAGGAGCUCAAACUUUCCUUCAGCAGACACGCAGCUGGAAGUAGCAUUUCAAAUAGUCCAGCGCUCAUGGCAAAGAGGACAAAACAGGAGAUAAAAACAGCUCAUAAAUUAGCCAAGAAGUAUUACGUAAGCCCCCCACAGUGGGCUAAGUGUCUCUUCAGUCACAGUUACAGCCUAUGGUUUAUUUGUCUGCCAGCCUAUGUCAGAGUUGCACAUCCCAAGGUCAAAGCACUGCAGCAGGCAUAUGAUGUUCUAAUUAAAAUGAGGAAAACCGAUGUGGAACCACUAGAUGAGGUCUGCUACAGAGUAGUAAUGCAGCUCUGUGGACUGUGGGGUCAACCUGUUCAGGCUGUGAGAGUCCUUUUCGAAAUGAAAAAUGCUGGAAUACAGCCAAAUGCCAUCACCUAUGGUUAUUACAAUAAGGCGGUUUUAGAGUCUUCUUGGCCUAGCAGUAACCGCAGUGGCAUAUUCCUGUGGACAAAGGUACGAAACGUAGUUCAUGGCACAGCACAAUUUAGGCAGUGCUUAAAGAAAUCAACGCAGAGCCCACAAGUGCCUAUGAUAUCAGCUCUGCGGAGUCCCACAGGUGGAAGUGAUGGGGACAUGGUGAGCCAUGGUAGCGUGGAUAGUUCUAAUGAUGCUAACAGUGGGGAGCACACCCUCUUCGUCAGUGACUUAGUCAGGCUUGAUUCCAUUGAUAAUCACUCUAGCACAGGUGGUCAGUCAGACCAGGGUUACGGAUCCAAGGAUGAACUUUUAAGAGAUGAUGGAAACAGUCUUCCUGCAACUGAAACACAGCUAAACAAAGAUAUUUCUUCUAAAGCUGGAGACUUAAUAGAAGAGGUUUCUGCAGAGAAAUCUUAUGAAAAACAACAACUGAAUACAGAAAUUGCGAGUCCAACUGAUCCACCUCCUUGGGGUAACAGUAUUGUGAAAGUUCCAUCUGGCAUUUUUGAUAGUGGAAGGAAAAGCAGUGGGGAAACUGUUUCUAGCCCACUGUUUGUAACUCAGGAUUCAGUCGUUGAUGUAGUCUUUGGUGAUGUUCUUCCUAAGAAAACAAGUGAAAAAAGACAGAGGAGGCAGAAACUGUUUUCAGAGAGAAGCUGCAGUUUCAGCAGUGAAAGCAGAGCAGGAAUGCUACUGAAAAAAGGCAACUUGGACUUGCAUUCUAAAGAAAUAGCAAUAAUGAUGGGAGCGGAUGCCAAGAUUCUAACAGCAGCUUUGUCAGGAGGCAAAACUUCGCCCUGUCAUAUGAAUGAAUCCCACAGCUUUGAAGAUAUCAUUGACCAGCAGGUUUCUGAUAUAAGUGGCACUUGGAGUUGUGUGGCUGAGACUGAUUGGGAACUAGAGUAUAAGUCUUCACAAGUGCUGGAAGAACCUGGGGAAGGGCAGGAGCAUCUUAAGAAUGGAAGAGAUGAAAACGUGACUGCAGUGGAAGACAUGAACCUUGAACAGUCAGCUGAGUCCAAAACCCAAAAACCAGAAUCCAAAGAUGCAACUGCCAAAAGAAACAGCUUUUAUGGAGUGGUUAAGCCUGUCGAAAGGGAAGAUGUUGAAGUAGGCUUGGACCCUCUAUCUUUGCUAGCUACUGACAGCAUGCAGCCAAGUUAUCCAGAACCUGGGGAAAAGUUGGUAUCACCAGUUGCAGCACGUAAUUUGGCAGAUGAAAUAGAGAGCUAUAUGAAUUUGAAGAACCCAUUAGGUAGUAAGUUUCCCAGCAUGGAGCUGCAUAAGCUGGAUAAGGAAGCAGAAGCUUCUGAAAUGCUUGGUCACUCCCAGGAAAGGAGAUCAAGCCUGCCUUUGGAUUCUGUCCUGCCAUGCCCUAAGUCUUAUGAAAAUCGAAGAAGUCCUUCUGUCUCUAGAUCCAGAACAUUCACUGGACGAUCAAAGCAACAAACCCAUCCACAAGUCCAAAAGGAGCGGUCUUCAUCUUUGACAGGACUGGCUCGUUCUUCUCCACAUGGCUCAUUAGGAACUGUCGUAACAACUUUAUCCAAUCUGAAGUUAGACAAUAUACUGUCUGGACCAAAAAUUGACGUUUUGAAAUCAGGCAUGAAGCAGGCUGCCAACGUAGCCAGUAAGAUGUGGGGAGUUGUAACUUCGGCAUAUAGUUACUCAGAUGAUGAGGAUGAAAGCAACCAACCGGACUAUAACUUCCCUGUGGGUUUUGAAGAUAAUAUGUUAGGAGAUAAUCUGUCGUCAAGAAUUGGAGCCCCAGGGCUAAUUACAAAUGAACUUGGACAAAGCACUACUAGUCUUGGCAGUAGCAGUAGCAGUGGCGAUGCAGGAAGACAGCAUUACAGUGCAGGUGAAGUUUCAUUCCCCAGAAGUAUGAAAGUUCAAGAUUCUGAGAGGUCGGAGCACAGCUCUUCACAUAAUACUAGUUUAUCCAGCAUUUUCCAGAACUAUGCAAUGGAGGUAUUGAUGUCAAGCUGCUCUCAAUGUAGAGCUUGCGGCGCUUUGGUUUAUGAUGAAGAAAUUAUGGCUGGAUGGACAGCAGAUGAUUCAAACUUGAACACUACCUGUCCUUUCUGUAAAAGUACCUUUCUGCCUUUGCUUAAUAUUGAAUUUAAAGACCUACGUGGCUCUGCAAGCUUUUUCCUGAAGCAAAGUACUUCAGGAGAUAGUUUGCAGAGUGGUACCCUUCCAUUAACCACGGAUCCCCUGGAGCAGAAACUAUUGUCCAAUCCGGUUGUCGCUGACUUGAUCAGUUUUUCAGAUCACUUGCAGUCCAGCCACACCAUAGCUGAAGAAACUAGCUCUGCAGCAGAACAUAGUGAUAUGACAAAAGAACAGACUACAGAUCCCAGAACCAUGAAGACACAUACCAAUAAUCCACCAAAAAGAGGAGUGUCCUUGACUAGGAGCCACAGUGUUGGAGGUCCACUGCAAAACAUUGAUCUUUCCCAGAGACCAUCUCAUGGCAUUUCAACAGUUAGUCUUCCAAACAGUUUGCAAGAAGCUGUGGAUCCUUUAGCAAAAAGACCUAACCCUCUUCCUGUAUCUGUACCCUACUUGAGCCCAUUGGUACUGCAUAAGGAGCUUGAAUCACUGUUGGAGAAUGAGGGAGAGCAAGUAAUUCAUACAUCCAAAUUCAUCAAUCAACACCCCAUCAUUUUCUGGAACCUAGUCUGGUAUUUCCAGCGAUUGGAUCUACCUAGCAACUUACCUGGACUCAUUCUGACAUCUGAGCACUGUAAUGAUGGAGUGCAGCUUCCUUUGACAUCUCUUGCUCAAGAUAGCAGGCUAGUAUACAUCCAGCUACUGUGGGACAAUAUCAACCUCCACCAGGAGCCGGGGGAGCCACUCUAUAUAUCUUGGAGAAAUCUCAAUUCUUCUGAAAAGAGACCCUCCACACUGGCAGAAGAUCAGCAGGCAACAAACACUUUGUUAGAGAACAUCAAACUAAGUAUUCAACACAAUGAUGUUGUUAAGCCGAUCAACCUCCUCCUGCAGAAAGUUAAGCCAGAUCUGAAACGACAGAGGAGUUUUUACAGGGAAAUUCUUUUCCUGUCUCUCGUGUCUCUUGGGAGAGAAAACAUUGACAUUGAGGUCUUUGAUAGUGAAUACAGACUCGCACUUAAAAAACUACCAAAGGAAGUUCUUGAAAAGAUGCAGAAAAUAGAUGCUCCACCAAGCAGCAGGGUUGAGUGUUGCAGGAAGUGCUUUGGAGCACCUUUUAUAUAAAAAUGAGGAAGACAUGCACUAAACUUCAGAAAUACAAAAGCAGAAAUGGAAAAAAAAACCAGAAAAGUGUGAUAGAUACACUUUGAAUCUCGAACGGUGGUAACUGGGCAAUUUGUCAAAGCAAUUUAAUUGAGCUGCAUCGUAUAUUUUUGUCUUUCAUCUUAUGAGACACAUUGUAAAGUACAUCAGAAUGUUUUAAAACAUUACUAAUAGGGUGAUUUUUUUCAGUGGUUGAUCUUUUUGCCCCUUUAUAUUUACUCAGAUUUUUCCCACACAGUAUCAAGUUGUUCAGAAAGGUGAUGAAUAAACAGCAGCCUAUGGUCAGUGGCUUUCUUAAGGGCCACUGAUAUAUGUCUAUUUUAACAAACCACCUUUCUUGCUACAGAAUACUUAGAUUUUUUACUGCUGCUUUAAAAUGGCCUUUACGUAAAGAGGGAUCUUUAUGUUAGUGUGAAUAAAUGUGUGAAUGUAAAUAUUUGAAACCUUGGAUUGGAAGCUGCAUUGCAGUUGCUUUAGUCAGAUCACAGUACCUAAAAUAGUCACUCCUCUCCUGACAGUUGUCCCAAUUCAGUAUUCUAAAUUAUCUUUGGCUGACCUUUUCAUAAUGUAUAUCUGUAGUUGUGAAAAAAACAGAAACUUAGACUCAACUUCCCUUAUUCUCUAUAUGACAUAAGAUAAGAUCCUGGAAAUAUACUGACCUCUUUCUCCAAAAGGAUAGGUUUCUACUCUGAGCAGCUCAGAAAUGGAUUUCUUUUCUGAAGAAUUAAAUAAGAAGCUCAAGUGGCAUUAGGAUACAUACAAGGAUUGCAACAGAUACUGUCUGAAAAAAAUUGUGAUUUUACUAUAUGUGUGUGUGCUUAAAAAGUGUCUUCCUUGAAUUCUUUAUCACCCCUAGGUUUUAUCUCCCCUAGGUUUCAUGCUAGCCUGUGGGUUAAUUAUUUUGCACUGAUAGCCUAAAUUCAAUAUUUCAAUUAUAAUGUAUUUAUAAGUGUGGUCUUCAAGGUGUAUAUUAGCAGAAAUGAAGUGCUUAUGUGUAUGAUCUGAAAAGAUGGAUUCAUCUUUUGGGUUGCUUCUAGUAGGUAAGACACUUCCUCACUUCACAUAUUUAACUGACUACAGUAGAUACGGUCUUGGCAAGGAGAGCCUGGAUACUGGUCAACAGUUUAAACGUUUCUGUUACUUGAAGAAUAUGAUGAGGUUUAUUCUAGGUUAUUGCUGAAAUAUAAUGGUGUGGUUUUUAUGAUGGAAUAAUUCCUAGAGGGAAAAAAAGAGAAGAUUUGUAGCAUAUAAAAGGAGCAUAGCUAAAAUAUUAAUUUUAUCUGAGUAUGAAUGUAUUUACUUUAUACUACUCUGUUAAAGUUUUUCAUUCUUGAAAAUGAUGAGGGAUGAAGAUCUGUCUGGAACAGCUUUUAUAUGAAAAAGUAAAACCAACUUUUGUUUUUUCAUGAGAUAAAACAAAGGAUUUGCACUAUCUGUGACAAAAUACACUUGCAUCAUAGACUGAUGCCUUCUGUUUUAAGUGCUGAUCCUAAGUUUAUAUGGGGAUAUUAUCUGGACAGAGUCUCUCCUGAUGAAACUCUUGUGUUUUCUCAACAAUUAAAAGUGAGAAAGCACAAACUGACCUUUUUUUUAUUAUUCUUUAUUCUUUGCAUUUAUGCAUAGUUGCUUGCUGAUAUCUGACCUACAUCACAAUGGAAGAGUAGGCCUUGAUUCUUAAUCUUUUCCUCUCUUCUCCUGUUUCAUAGUUGACUUGCAUGGUUCCGUCCUUUAAAGUAAAAGUCUGUCUAAAGCAUUCAUCCAAACAGCUGAAUACUUCUACAAGUCAAACCAGCACAUUUUCCUGUAUAACUCUGUACAUUUAAUCUUCAACAAACAGUUACACAAAGAUAAUUUUUUAGUGUUAAAUGGACAAACCAUGUGAUUUUGUGAUGCAAUGUGCAAGGAAUCAAGUUGUUGUUAUCCUUAAAUUAUCCCAGCUCAUAAAAUUACAAGGAAAAUCUGUCUAGUGAGUGCUGUUUUAGAUAGUUGGUAACAUCCAAAUAGUUCUAAAACCUAGGAAAUAAUAUUACUAUGAACUAAAUUCUGUAAACACAUCACCUUCAUUUCAAAACAACUUUCUCAUCUGUUGCUAAAAAUACAGAUUAAUCAGGUAGUAGUGUUGUAAAGACAGCAAAACUGAUUGUGUCAUAACAUCUAGUGCUAAAUAUUAUUUUUCCCAGAUAUCUACACUAAA